UCAACAAAAAAGACACUACUCUGAUCAAAACGUCGCAAUUCUCUCCUAAAGCCUCCGAUGACGGAAUGCAUAUUACAUACAACAGAUGGAAGCCAAUAAUUGCUAGGUCUAAUCAUCGAAAAUUCGAACCUCCAAUACCUGUUGACAGUUAUAGGGCCCCAAACCAGAAGCAAAGCAUAUACGUGGUUCAUACGCCGAAACCACGAGUUGGGGAAACAGAUUCUUAUCACGAUGUACCCCAAGAUUCUUAUCAGGAGCUAAAAGAGCUUUCUAAGCCGUCCCACCAGCCACUUUACAACCCGAUAAUUGAAUCACCCAAGCCUCAACCACUUUACAACCCAAAUAUUGAAGAACCCAAGCAUCAACCACUUUACAACCCGAAAAUUGAGCCACCCAAGCACCAACCACUUUACAACCCGAAUAUUGAAGAGCCCAAGCACCAACCACUUUACAACCCGAAAAUUGAAAAACCCAAGCAUCAACCACUUUACAACCCGAAAAUUGAAUCACCCAAGCACCAACCACUUUACAACCCGGAAAUUGAAUCACCCAAGCACCAACCACUUUACAACCCGAAAAUUGAAUCACCCAAGCAGCUACCAUUUUACAACCCGGAAAUUGAAUCUCCCAAGCACCAACCACUUUACAACCCGAAAAUUGAAUCACCCAAGCAGCUACCAUUUUACAACCCGGAAAUUGAAUCACCCAAGCAGCAACCACUUUACAACCCGAAAAUUGAAUCACCCAAGCACCUACCACUUUACACCCCGAAUAUUGAAGAACCCAAACAUCAACAACUUUACAACCCGAAAAUUGAAUCACAAAAUGUACAAUCACUGUACAACCCAAAAAUUGAAUCCUUCUCGCAAGAACAACUUCUCAAUCCCGAAAAUAAAAAACUUAGACAUCAACCACUUCAAAGCCUCAAAAUGGAGCACCACGAGCCUCAACCGCUUUACAACUCCAAGCCAUCAGAAAACAUCUUCAAGUCGCUUGACCACCUAAGUAACAAUCAUCCCAUUGAUCAGGUUUCCUAUGAUCAACCCAGCUACAAGCCUCCUCACAAUCAAAAGUUGAAACAGCCCACCAAUCAGUUUUUGUACAGUCCCGCUUUUGAUCAGCCCAGUUACAGGCCUCCUCAUAACCAAAAGGUGGAACAGCCCAGCCAUCGGCCUUUUUACAGUCCAGCAAUUGAUCAACCCAGCUACAAGCCUCCUCAUAUUCAAAAGCUGGAGCAGCCCAGCCAUCAAACUUUGUACAGUCAACCAAUUGAUCAGCCCAGCUACAAGCCUCCAAAUAAUCAAAAGUUAGAACAGCCCAGCCAUCAACCGUUGUACAGCCCAGCUAUUGAUCAGCUCAGCUACAAGCCCCCAAAUAACCAAAAAUUCGAACAGGCCAGCCAUCAACCGUUGUACAGCCCAGCGAUUGAUCAGCCCAGCUACAAGCCUCCGCAUAACCAAAAGUUAGAACAGCCCAGCCAUCAACCUUCGUAUAGUCCAGCGAUUGAUCAGUCCAGCUACAAGCCCCCACACAGCAAAAAAUUUGAACAGUCCAGCCAUCAGGCUCCCAUUAAGCCAAAAAUUGAACAGUUCAAUCAUCAACCAAUGCAUAGUUAUAAUAUCGAACAGUUCAGCAACAGGCAUCAAUAUAACACACGAAAAGAAACGCUUAAUUCUCAACCUGCCUCUUACUCCAGGCAGGAAAGCCUCGUGCAUCAUCUUCCCUACAACCCAACAGUAGGACCGCCGAGCCUUCAGCCACUCCAAGUGCCCACUCCAACAGAGUUCAUUCAUUUGCCUGAGAUUUAUAGCCCAAAAAAAGAACUGCCCAAAACGCAGUCUCUGCCAAAUUAUCAGUCCUCGUUGAUACACUCUGCUCCCUGUCAUAGAGCGAACGGUGGGCAUUUGCAGCUUGCCGCCCCACAGUCCGAAAAAAAAUACGAUUGCCUCGAUGGUUCAAACUUUCCACUGUUAACCGAGCCCACAAACACAAACAUUCAAAGUGCUGUAAAUAACUACAAUAAUUACGACACAAGCUCAUUUUCACAGGAUUCUGACCGUAUAUAUGUGGACCAGCUCCUCCUGUACAACUAUGAAAAUCUUUCAAUGGAUAGGUUUAGUACAGAGAAGUUUAUUACUGCUCCACCUCAAUACGGAAGUCGUCACCAGAACAGUGAAAUGCCCGAGUUUGAAAGUCCAACAUAUCCUGAGCCAACUAGUCAAUUGAAACCAAACCUGAUGUCUUCCAGCGAAAUGUCGCAGCAGACAUACGGAAAGCCCACCGCCAAAAAUUUGCAUGCAACGAGAUCAAUGAAUCAUCUUGAUUACAAGUCAAUUGCAAACUCUUAUGGAUACUCUUUUAUUGAUCUUUCUAGCAAAGGAGACCAAAAGGUAGCAUUAGUCUAUUUUAACGAUCGCCAGCACUCCGGAGAAUCUUCCAAAAAAAUGAGCGGAGAGAGUCCCAUACGGAACGCGAUCUUGGAGCAAAGCAGCCGAAAAGAUCAAAAUAAAUUACUAACCGGUCAUUUUAACCCUUCAUUUGACUUACCACCUGAUGAUAAAAUUUUGAACUCUGGAUCAUUGAUGAGAAAUCAGGGCUACGGACGAAUAAUUGACACAGGACCCGAGAAGGCUUAUUUAAAUGUUCAGGACACUGAGGAGCGUAGCUUGGGCAGUAAAGGAAGCAGAUAUGUUCAAAACAAAGGAAUUGAUAUUUCUCACAAUCAACUCGCGUCAAAAUACGGUGUUUACAUCACAUUAUUGAAGCCUGCUAUCAACCGUGAAAUAUACCUCUAAAAAUUUCAUUAUUAGUUGGCUGAACUCGUGUCAAUAGAUAGCAUUUUAGUUAAUUCAUGCUUUCAAAUCUUCAAUGACCGCGAAGUGUUUUAGAGUAUACUGUCCGUAUGUUUUAAUAUUAAUACAUGUUUUUUAGUUGUUAAGCAUAAGGUAAUGGAGUUGUUCGGUGUUGAUUGAAAUUAUUCAACUAGGAAACGAGUUAUGUUUUCCGUGUUAAAAUUAAUUGUUGAACAGCAUUGCAUAUGUCGACCGCGAUGAGAAAACUGUCUUGCUCUUAUCUACAACCGAUUUUCUUUGCCAAAAAAAUAUAAGCGAGCAUUUGUGAAUUACAAAAUACUGCUCAAUGUUUGUCUUUGGUAAUUGUUUUAAUUUUGAAGAUACUUCUCACCAUCGCAUUACACUGUCAUGGAUUGCCAAGAUGCGACUUUAUUCAGCUAGAAAUCGAAAUCGCAUAUGCGAAUUGUUACCCAAUAUAAUCAAUCCUAU